UCUGGUCUCCUCAGGUCCUCUGGUCUCCUCACCUGUAACAGGUGUGUUGACGUGUUUGUCUCUUUUUGUCUCUUCAGUGUUUCUGUCUCCUGUGAGAGGACGAGGCUCAGCUCUGUCUCUCUGCGUGUCUCUGCUGUGUCCUGAGCUGCUCCCAGAUGUCCUCAGAUGAAAUCUUGUCUUCAGCCUGCUCAGGGCAGGUUGUCUACAAGCAGAGCAGCUAAUUUCAUUUGUCCACAGCAAACUGCAGCACGUCCAGCUGAGAGGGGAGAGAACGCUGCGCCGGUCUGCAGCAGCCUUCUUCAGCCCGAGGCGGUCAGACGGUYGGAUCCCCUGCCAGGUUCUGGAGACGGGACAGAAUCCUUCUGCUGCAUCCGUCCUGUGAUGCUGCUGUGAAUGAGUGAGACUAACAAGUGGUUGCCAUGCAGCAGCAGCAGCAGCAGCAGCAGCCUGCUUCAACACACAGACAGAGAAACUGAAUGAUAAUGAGGAGGCAGAGAGUAAAGCAGCAGCAGGACAGGAGCUGCGUCCCUCUGAAGACCCCCUCCUCUAACAGGCUGAAGACCAGAGACAGAACCGCAGUGAUGGACGGACCAAUGGACACACGUCUCACAGCUCCAAGGAGGAGUUGUUGGAAACAAACGGCAGCAACAGGUCUGUAAGGAUGUCUGCAGAACGAUGGUAACAUGCAGGCCCCGUCAGACCAGACCUGAGGCUCCUGGAUGUGGCUUCACCAUGAGCAGCCUGCACUUCAACCACUCGCUCGCUGCCAUGAACGGGAACGACGUGAURGCGCACUCUCUGACUCUGGAGCAGAAGACGGCGUUCGCCUUCGUGGGGAUGCUGCUGGUCUUCCUGGGGCUGCUGAUAGUCCGCUGCUUCAGGAUCCUGCUGGACCCUUACAGCAGCAUGCCCUCCUCUAACUGGGCCGACGGCAUUGAGGGGCUGGAGAAGGGGACGUUCGAGUACGCCCUGACCUAAAAGCCAGGGACAGGAAGAGCUGAGCGUCCACUCGGCGUCUCUCUGYGAUGUGACAGGAAGGUUUACAGCUGCUGGGUCACUUCCUCCGCCCUUCAGCUGAGACCCGUUUAGMUCAUCGACUGACUCACAACUUGGCUGGAGCUCCUUUAACACAAACCUCCAUGUUGGAUGUCUUUCAGAGGYGGAUUCUGUGGGACAGGGUCGGGGACAGUGAAGACUCAGGGACAAGAUCCUUUCUGUGGACAAACUGGUCRCAGCUUUGCACAGCAGGAGGGUUCAGCACAAGAAUGUGAACAGGUAGAAACAGGGUACCUGAGGGACUCCCUCACCGGGCUGCAACUGUUGCUGAAUGUUUUUGUUGCCGUCGGAUAAAUUCUGAGUGUUUGUGAGAAACAGAUCAAAGCUUUCAAUUCUGCACUUUUCAUUUGAAUGAGAAGCAAAACGUUUUCAGCCAACAGAAAAUGUCCCGAUGCCUUGUUUUUAAACGGUUAGGUUCUGCUGGGUCCAGCAUGGACUGAAAUACUAAACAUAUCAUCAAUCUGCUUUCUGGGUCUGGACUUUAGGGGCUGCAGAACACAGCUCCAGUUCUUGAGACAUCCAGGACAAAACUUGGGUUUGAGAUAGAUUAGAGGUGGGUCUGAGACUCCCAGAACAAACGGAGACGGGCUUGAGAUGAGUUCCAGACAGGUUAGAGACGAGUUCCAGACUGGUUAGAGACGAGUUCCAGACUGGUUAGAGACGAGUUCCAGACUGGUUAGAGACAAGUUCCAGACUGGUUAGAGAUGAGUUCCAGACAGGUUAGAGAUGAGUUCCAGACUGGUUAGAGAUGAGUUCCAGACAGGUUUGAGACAAGUUCCAGACUGGUUACAGACGAGUUCUAGACUGGUUAGCGAUGGGUUUGAGACAGGUUAGAGGCAAGUUCCAGACAGGUUUGAGAUUCUUUUUUGAGACAGAUUUGAGGGGAGUUCCACACAAGUUUGAGACAGGUUUGAGACGAGUUCCAGACAAGUUUGAGACAGGUUUGAGACGAGUUCCAGACAAGUUUGAGACAGGUAGAUUGGCAUUUGAGACAGGUUUGAGAUGGGUUUGAGGCAUGUUUAAGAUUAGCCUUUGAGACAUGUUUGAGACAGGUUUGAGAUUUUUCUUUGAGACAGGUUUGAGAUUAGCCUUUGAGACGGGUUUGAGACACCCGAGACAUAACGCAGAAGGGUUUAAGACAGAACAAAUUAGAGAUGUGUCUGAGAUGACAACUUUGUAAAUAAUCUGAAAGAAAAUUUGUUGCACAAUUUUUUAAACCUGUUAAAGUAAAACCAGGAAGUGUCUUUAAACAUAGACGCUCUGAGGACAUUUUGGAGGCGGCUCAGCUGCUGGCCUCCUCAGACUCUGUCUCAAAGAGACAACUGUUGAUGCUCUGGGUUUGAAAGUUGCGCAACAAAGAGGCAACUGAACAAACUGAUUUCUUUGGUCUUUCUGUUUCUAAACGAAGCAAAAYGAGUUCUCAGAUCUCUGCAGCUGGUUGAAGUGAGAGGAUCCUGAAGAAAGGAUGGAGUUCUUCAAAUCGUCCUCUUCCUCUCUGGUGWGACAAACAACAAACUUUAAAGGAAAUAAAGUUUAAAAACAAAGAACUUUUCAGCCGUCGCUCCUCAUCCUCAGGAGCUUCAUUUCCUGUUAAAGAUCAAAGGUCAGAGGUCAACUCGACACAUGAACACCUUCCUCCUCUGUCCUCGAACAUCUUCAGUCUUUUCCUCCGGCGCUCGUUCUUCCAGAGGACUGCUGGAAUCUGGGCCGGUUCUGUUCUGAWGGACUCCUCCUCCUUAGUGCUGUGAAUCUGCCUUACUGUGACCUUCAAUGGGUUUCUGUGCCUUCAUCUAGAAACGUUAGAGCACCUGUGUGUCUGUGUGUGUCUGUCUGUGUGUGUGUGUGUGUGUGUCUG